CCGCCCCCGCCGCCAUGAAGCCGCUGGAGAAAUUCCUCAAGAAGCAGGGCUCGCACUUGGCCGGCGGCGGCGGGGGCGGCGGGCAGCUGAGCCGGCGGCCCAGCGUCUCCAAGAUCCUGCUGCCCGGCUUCCUCAAGGACGAGCCCCCCGAGGCGGGCCCGGAGGGCGACGGGCGCUGGCUGGAGCUGCGGCCCCCCGAGGGCGCCCUGCGCUCGCCCACCUCCUUCUCUUCCGAGGAGCUCUCCCCCGCCGGCGGCGGAGGGGGCGAGAGCCAGCUCAGCCCCGAGGCCGUGCCCACCUGCUGCUGGGCGCCGCUGGCAGAGCCCGAGAGCCCCGAGCGCUUGCUGGAGAGGCUGCUGGAGGGACUGGCCGGAGACCCCACGGCGCCCCACGGGCACGGCUGCGGCGCAGACCUGCUUCUAGAUGACAUUGUCCUCACCCACUCGUUAUUCCUGCCCACGGAGCAGUUCCUGCACCAGCUACAUCAGCACUUCAUGACGGCGUCAACAAUCCCUUCACCCCAGUGUUGGAAGGAAGGUGAGGCCAUGCAUCGAAAACGGGCUGUUUUGGUUAUCUUGCUGCAUUUCCUUGAGACCUACAAGGGGAUCUUGCAGGAAGAGGAGAAAGCAGGGAAAGUAAUCAAGGAUCUAUAUUUGCUGAUCAUGAAAGACUCAUCCCUGUACCAAAAACUGGAAGAUGAAAUUCUGAAGCUACAUCAGCUUGUGGAGACAGUGGAACUCAAGGUGACCGACGAAAGCCAUCCCCCCAACAAACAAGUCAAACCCCUUUUCCGGCACUUCCGGCGCAUAGAUUCUUGCCUUCAGACGCGGGUCGCUUUCCGCGGGUCGGAUGAGAUCUUCUGCCGCGUCUACAUGCCCGACCACUCCUACGUCACCAUCCGCAGCCGCCUCUCUGCCUCUGUGCAGGACAUCCUCACAUCCGUGACAGAGAAACUGCAGUAUUCUGAUGAGCAGCCCACUCGGGAGGAGGCACUCAUCCUGGUGGCGGUGACAUCCUCAGGAGAGAAAUCUGUGCUUCAGCCCAAUGAAGAAUGUGUUUUCACCACUCUGGGGAUAAACAGCCAUCUCUUUGCCUGCACCAAGGACACCUUUCCGUCGCUGGUCCCUCUCCCCGAUGAAAUUCAAGUGUCGCCAGGUGACACAGAGAUCCACCGGGUUGAAGCUGAGGAUGUGGCGAAUCACCUCACGGCCUUCCACUGGGAAUUGUUCCGCUGUGUCCAUGAGCUGGAAUUUGUGGAUUACGUCUUCCACGGGGAACGUGGCCGGCGGGAGACAGCUAAUCUGGAGUUGCUGCUGCAGCGUUGCAGUGAAGUUCAGCACUGGGUGGCCACAGAGGUGUUGCUUUGCGAGUCACUGGGGAAGCGGGCCCACCUGCUCAAGAAGUUUAUCAAGAUCGCUGCUGUGUGCAAACAGAAUCAAGACAUGUUGACAUUCUAUGCUGUGGUGAUAGGACUGAACAAUGCACCUGUCAGCCGGUUGCGUCUCACUUGGGAGAAGCUUCCAGGCAAAUUUAAGAACCUGUUCCGGAAAUUUGAGAAUCUUACGGACCCUUGCAGGAAUCAUAAGAGCUACAGAGAAGUCCUUUCUAGGAUGAAGCCCCCCAUCAUCCCCUUUGUUCCUCUCAUCCUGAAAGACCUGACCUUUUUGCAUGAAGCCAGCAAAACCUUGGUGGACAGUCUGGUCAAUAUAGAGAAACUGCACUCUGUGGCAGAGAAAGUUCGGACAAUCAGGAAGUGCCGGAGUAGGCCCCUCUGCCUGGAAAUAGAGUCGUCACCCCAACAGCUGCAGACGAAGGCUUACGUCCGGCAGUUCCAAGUCAUCGACAAUCAGAACCUGCUCUUUGAGCUCUCUCACAAGCUGGAGUCCAACAGCCAAUGAGGCUAGCUGGGUGGGUCCUAGCAAGGAAUGUUUACUUUGUGGGAUACUCAAGCACUUUUUGGGAUGGACAGGGGUUCUGCCUCCUGGGCUUAGCCCUGCUUGGAGGGCAACAGCAUGGAUUUUGCAAAUGGCAGGGAUGACUGAUGGGGAUGGCCCUAGGCCUUCACAUGUCUGGGGUGGGAAAGCCACAUGGCACCUCACUUCCUUAUUUAUUAACGUGGGAUGCCAUCUGCUGGGAAAUUUUCCUGCCAAUGGGCCCGAGAUUGGAUUUAUUUUUCUGCCCUUUAACUGGACUCCACAUUUCCUGCUUUUACUUAAUUGAUGAGCCUGCCCUGUCUCCCACAAAGGCAUCUUUUGUGUUUCUGGGCACUGUGCAAGAGUUCAUGCCAGUGAAUUGCACACAGGAGAACUUCCCAACAGAUUGGUUGAGUCUAUAGGUCUCCUGUACUUCUGACUUCCAUGGCACUCAAAGUCCACCCCGUAAGACUGCUGCUUCACAUUGUGUCGUGAUAGAGCCAUCUCGAACAGUCCUUUAGAGGGUGGUUAGGACACAACAGGAAAAACAGUGUUUUCUGGAGGAGGUCAAGCGCAAGUCAGAUUUCUUGUCUUGCUCACAGGAAAGCUCAAACAGAAGGUCAGUUCCCUGUUUGGGCAGUUUCUCUCCCUACAAAGAGUGUAAAGAAACAAGUUCUUUGAAAAUGACAAAGUUUUGAGUUAGACAAAUAAGCUGCCAAGUUAAUGAAUCAAACAGUACAGUUGCCAGAGGCAGCAUGUACAGACAUGUCAAGAAAUGUUGAAUUUCUAUCUUUUAAUCCUUCUCUUAUUUCUGUAUUGUUUGUGUAUAUUUAUAUUUCCACCUUGGAAAGGUUUGAUGUGGAAACCUUUUAUAUGAUUAAAUAUUCCAAGGAGACACUCAGCAGAAUUUUCACAGGUUUCUGGCAAGCUGUUAAUUUUUUUAAAAAAUAAUGCUACUCCAGGUAAAUGAGGUGGAAAAAAUCCUUUUGCCUUUUUUUUUUUGGCUGGGGGUGGGGGGCAUGGUUAAAAUUCAGCUUUGGCUGGUCAUGGCAUGUGGGAUAGGUUGAGUUUCCAUUUUGUGGGAUUUUAACUGCAGGGAUUUAUAAAAUUCAUCAAAAAUGUGUAUGUUUUAGACCCCCUCACCCCUUGGGGCAUAUUUAUACUACAUAAUUUAAUUGGUCUAAAAACCUUUCCAUCUCUCCAGGGAAUCGCAGCUCUUAAAUGAGAGCUGGGGAUCACUUACAAAGAACUCAUAGCCCUUUACCAAACUACAACUCCCAGGAUUCUCUGCAGGAAGCCAUAAAAGUUAAUCUUGCAUAAAAAAUUAUAUAAGUUCUUAGUGUACAUCUCUGAUUCUAGCUCUUAUCUGGAUGUAUUGUUCUUUGAGAGAUAUUAAAUCAUACUUUAUUUUGCGAAGUGGGGGCAAGAAACCAAUUACACCUUCUUGCACUGAAGUGCCAAUCCAUGUCACUCUUGACUUCUUAAGUAUGUACUUCAGCCUAGGAAGAUAGGAUAGUUAGCAUCUCUGGUGGGAUGGCAAGGUCCAGUAUCGUGACAUCAUUCACAAGAACACUAACAAUGCAUGUAUGCUCGGAAGUAAUUCCCACUUAAUUCAAUGGGGAUUUCUCCAUGCCCCGUAUGUGUUUAGGAUUGCACCCUAGGUACACUUGCUACUGAUACAAUCUCGAUAAAACCAUUUUGGUUCUCACUUUCCAAAGUGCCUUUAAAAGAUGCGGCAAUUCAAAUCCAUGAGAACUCCACAUGAAUUAACCUGGAAUAAAUGAAUAAAAUCAAGAUGGGCUGGACAUUUCAAUUAAAUGUUGAGCAUAUGGGGAAGAGAUGUUAGAAGCACCUUCCAGUUGUGUAUACAACAAGUCAAUUGGAAAUGUGUUUUGAGAUUCUUAACCCUGCUGAAAAAUGAUUUUGAAAUCACACCUAAUUCUAAAGAGCUCUGACUUUUAUCUAUGUUAGUGUGAGUGAUUGUGAGAACAGAACCAGAGAUCUUAUUCAUUCUGGAUCAAAGUAUGAGGAAUAAAAUGUCAUAACUCUGUUGGGAACCCCUGCCCCCACAGGUUUUAGCCUACUUUCUGUGGAGACACAGUGCCAAAUAUGAAAGCAUAUGCACAUAACUUCAACUGCUCUGCAUUUGUGUAAGGCCUUUGUCUGUGUCUGUCUCAUCCUUUCUAGGGACUUGUCCCCAAGUCAAAGGUAUAAAUGUGAGGAUCAUCAGGUAAAUUACUUGUCUUGAUUAUAGUGGAGAAAUCUGAAAUGUUGUUUUUGGAACCUCAGGAGCCUCUUCAUGAUAAAAUAUAAGAGCUCCUGAUGUGUAGCUCAGUCCCAUGAUGGGGAAUGGGGAGGGGGAAAUCAGGCCUCAAGGCUUAAUUUGAUUCCAGGCUAAGUGUCAAAACCCAAUAGGCUCAGCCCCUGGAAUCUUUUCAGUGCCCUGGAAAUGUGAAACAAUAAAUGUGCCUCUGAGCAUGUCCAGAAUGCAUUGUUCACACUACUGAGUGACCACAGCCCAUUUCCACCUAUUUGUGAUUAGGAGAUUCUCAGGUUAGUGGGCCAAGUUUUGAAUCUGGUGCUUCUCUUUUUAGAAAAGAUCUGCUCUCCCUGCUAUUGUUUUCUUUUCUAACAGCUUUAAUAUUCAGUCAGUUUUUUGACAGAAUAGGGUAUUGGAAAUAAUCCUCUGGAAUUUUUAAAAAGAUGAUGUACUUUGCUGACUUCCCCCUUCUCUCUGUUAAGAUUGUGUGUGUGUCUGUGUGCGUGUGCGCACACAUGUGUGCACACCCGCGCGUGUGCUCGGGGGUGGGUGAUGUAGCCUAUAGUGGCUUUCUUGUCAGGGACUUUUAAUUUCAGGGUUUCUUGUUUUUCUUUAUAAUUCUAUCUUUUUCCCCCCUCUUCCUCUCCCGGCGAGAGUUUCAGGUCCUAAUGCAAGGAUGUGUAAAUAUAUACAUAUAUAUAUUUUUAAGAAGACAUUCUGGAAUUGUACAUUUAUUUUUUAAAAAAAGAGCCUUGUAUCAUAUUGGACCAUUGUACAGAGAAUUUUUUAUGAUAGGAAUGAGGGACUGCUUGCCUAGCUAUACUACCCAUAUGCGCUUCCGCAAGGUGGAAUGUAAGAUGUGUUGUGUUGUUCCAGGGAAGCUCUGUUUAUUUUGGGUGUGGCUGUUUAUGUUGAUGAUUAAUUAUUAUUAUUAUUAUUUUGCUACAGAAGCACUUGGGUGAGAAGCCAAAUGGUGGAAAUAAAAAGAAAAAAAUGGAUAA